AUGUGUAACAGCUUAGAACAGAAAAAAGAACGAUCGAAUCAAUCAAUAAUGGAAGGGAUCGAACUUGGUUUCACCGACAUAUCGUCAGUUCCGCCAAUGUACAGGCACGAUACACAUCAGAAUCAUGCGAAUGCUAGCACAAACAGAUGGCCAGUACAACACGACAUUAACGGCGCCAACAAGACUUCCAUACGCGAAUCAGGAUGGUUUAAACCGAUUGUCAUUGCGUCAGUGAUUUUCGCGAUUACCAUUAUCAUAAUUUUGGUAAUCGCUCUUCCAAUAGCAUUAACAUCAAAAAAGGAUGCUACAGAUACAAAGACAAUCAAAACAACAACAAUCACAAUAACAACUUCAACGGCGACUACAAGAACAACAACAACAUCACCAUUAUCAUCAUCGUCAUCAUCAACAACAGCAACAUUAACAACAACAGUAACAGUAACAGUAACAACAACAGCAACAGUAACAGCAACAGUAACAACAACAGCAACAACAACACAAGGACUAAGAAGGUGGACAAUGACAACAGACAUGAAUGACGCACGACGUUUUCAUAGAGCAUCUAUAUUAUUAAAUGGACAAAUAUUAGUUACUGGUGGAUAUUAUAGUAUCAGAGGUGAUAGUUUUCUUCGUAGUGCUGAGUUGUAUGAUCCAUCGACAAGUACUUGGACGACGAAAGCAAACAUGAAUGCUGCACGAGUUAGACAUACAGCAUCCAUAUUAUCAAAUGGAACAAUAUUAGUUGCGGGUGGAUCUAGUGUAUCUACUUACCCCUAUAGUGCUGAAUUGUAUGAUCCAUCAACAAAUCAUUGGACAAUGACACCAAACAUGAAUGCUGCACGAAGUGGACAUACAGCAUCCGUAUUAUCAAAUGGAAAAAUAUUAGUUACUGGUGGAUCUAAUAUUGAUAGUGAUAGUAAUGAAUAUCUGAGUAGUGCUGAAUUGUAUGAUCCAUUAACGAAUAAUUGGACAAUAACAGCAAACAUGACUGUUGCACGACGUGCGCAUACAGCAUCCAUGUUAUCGAAUGGAACAAUAUUAGUUAUUGGUGGAUAUGGUGGUAUUGAUGAUGGAUAUCUUAAUAGUACUGAAUUGUAUGAUCCAUCGACAAGUACUUGGACGAUGAAAGCAAACAUGAACGCUGCACGAGGUGAACAUACAGCCACUAUAUUAUCAAAUGGAACAAUAUUAGUUACUGGUGGAACUGAUGUUGGUAUUCUUGAUAGUACUGAAUUGUAUGAUCCAUCGACAAAUAUUUGGACAAGAAUGCCAAAGAUGAAUGCUCCACGAAGUGGGCAUACAGCAUCUACAUUAUCAAAUGGAACAAUAUUAGUUGUUGGUGGAAAUGCUGGUAGUAGUGGUGGAUUUCUUAAUAGUACUGAAUUGUAUGAUCCAUCAACAAAUAAUUGGACAAUGAGAGCAAACAUGAAUGCUCCACGAGGUACACAUACAGCAUCCGUAUUAUCAAAUGGAACAAUAUUAGUUACUGGUGGAUAUGGUGGUAGUAAUGUUGGUACUCUUAAUAGUACUGAAUUGUAUUAA